AUGCCUGGCUUUGGAAGUUGUGUCUGUGGCAAUGUGUCUUUCCAGUAUUCUGGGGAACCAGCUAUGACAGCACUAUGCCACUGCAAAGGCUGUCAAAACUGGGGUGGUAGCGCAUUCUCGUCCAGCGUAGGCGUUCCAACCACAAACUUCUCAGUCACCAAGGGAGACCCCAAAGAUUGGGUUCGAGCUGGAGAUGUGUCUGGCAAGGAGAAUCGACACUUCUUCUGCGGAGAUUGUGGAUCGAAUCUUUUUUCGCGGCCGGAGGUUUUGGAAGGCAUUACGCUGAUCAAGAGUGGCUGUCUUGAUGAGACAAAUAUCCCUAUUUCGCUGGAGAUGUUUGUUACUAGACGCUGUGACUAUGUGGCACCUGUUGCGAAUGCUGCGCAGGUACCUGAGAUGCCUUGA